GAGAGGCAGCCUAGCAGCCCGCUGUGCAGACACAUCCACCUGCCCCGAGAGUGGUGGGAGCGACGCCAAGUUCUACUGGGACUCAAGAGCGAUAUGAUCACGCGGGGGUGCCAGUACGUGGUAGCUCGCAGCCAGCACCUGGACCUGAUGAAGCCGCAGCUCAUGGACCACCGGUACGAAGACGCGCAGGGCAACUUCUGCUGCGAGCGGUUCGAGUUCUUCCACUUCACGGGCGUGGAGUCCAUCCGGCAGGUGUUUGACGCCAUCAAGUACUUCAUGCUCAACAUGGAGAUCACCAUCUCCGAGGCGCUCGGGCACACCACCGUUCGCGAAGACUACGACACGGUGGACGACGGAACGUCAAUCUGGAACUAUCGGCUGCUGUCGACAGAUAGCCAUGGGAUCACGUCUGAGGUGAACAAAGUGGUGCUGACCGAGUACUUUGACGAGUCGGAGCAGAUGGGCGGCAGACCCUGCGCUGUGGUGGUCACGGACAGUGUCGACUUGGACGAACUGUACCCGUACGAUCCGCGAGAGAGGGUACGACGCGAUAUUAGCGCUACGACGGUGCUGACUGAAAUGAGGCGCAAAAAGCAGAAGCGGUCGAUGUCGACGGAGAGUGAGCAGAGUGGCGAUAACGACGGAAGUAGUGGCGAUGGUGGCACAAGACGUGGUGAUGCGGAGGCUGAUCGAGACGAUAGUGAAGAGGAAAUUGUGGUCGUGAUGCAGCGAGCAGCGUUCAUGAAGAUGCACAAGCCCGACUUCGAGAUCUCGAGAAGUGCGAUGCGCUCCCUGAAGGAAGGCAUAGCGAGCUGGGGGGAGGUCGAGGUGCAAUCGAUCCGAGGCGCCGUUAACGCAUGA